GAUGUCAUACUGUUUCCGGAGAGCCAUUGUCCGUCUCGACGUUUUCUGAGAGUGAUACCGGGGAAAGACGGAGACCGCGUGACCGGACAUUUGCCAAGAAGCCCCGUGGUCCCCGGCCUUAGGAUGUCGGUGCUACCUCCGAACCGCUCCCAGACCGGGUGGCCCCGUGGGGUUAAUCAGUUCGGGAACAAAUACCUACAACAAGCCAAGCCGCUUACCCUGGAGAGGACUAUCAAUUUAUAUCCUCUUACAAAUUACACCUUUGGUACAAAAGAGCCCCUUUAUGAGAAGGACAGUUCGGUAGCUGCGCGGUUUCAACGCAUGCGGGAGGAGUUUGAGAAAAUUGGAAUGAGACGCACAGUGGAAGGUGUGCUGAUAGUACAUGAACACAGACUACCCCAUGUCCUUUUACUGCAGCUGGGCACUACCUUCUUUAAGUUGCCGGGUGGUGAACUCAAUCCUGGUGAGGAUGAAGUGGAAGGACUGAAACGCCUUAUGACUGAGAUUCUUGGCCGUCAGGAUGGAGUACAGCAGGACUGGGUCAUCGAUGACUGUAUUGGUAACUGGUGGAGACCAAAUUUUGAACCCCCACAGUAUCCAUACAUUCCUGCUCACAUUACAAAACCAAAAGAACACAAGAAGCUUUUUCUGGUGCAGCUGCAGGAAAAAGCGUUGUUUGCAGUCCCUAAAAACUACAAGCUUGUUGCAGCCCCUCUGUUUGAGCUAUAUGACAACUCGCCAGGUUAUGGGCCCAUCAUUUCAAGCCUUCCUCAACUACUCAGCAGAUUCAAUUUCAUUUACAACUGAACAGCGAUGAUCGAUCAGCAAGGGUGAUGUACGGAUGAAGCGGUCUCUGUGAGCACAGCUUAAUAUUGUGGGAAAUCAAGUCAACGAAUAUUUUUUUUGUUUUUUAACUUUCUGUAAUAUCCUCCACAUGUUGCUUUAUGAGAGGCAACGGUUCACAGCAAUGAGAUGUUAGUGUUUUUAUUAUUUUUUAUUGUGUUAUGUUGCAGAUGUCAGUCGAUUUUCUUAUAUUAAAAAGGAUUAUUUUAUCUGUUUUUGAUUGAAUAAAACUGGUAUGUCCUA